CUCCUGUAUUCAUCUCAGGCGUACAGUCUCUCUUUCUCAUAUGCAGAGGAAGGAAAGGAAAAUGGAGAGGGCAUCCUUCUUUAAGGUGAUGAUAGGAGAUUUUGCUGAGAAAAUGCAGAUUCCCAUGCAAUUCGUUCUCGAUUCUGGGAGAGAAUUAUGUAGCAUUGACGUGGCGAUUCUAAAUGGCCCCCGCAGAACCGGUUGGCGAGUCGGAUUGAAGGUGGAGGACGGCCGGAUGUUUUUCCGACAUGGAUGGCGGGAAUUCAUCAAACACCAUGAUAUUCAAGAAGGAUAUUUUUUGGUUUUCAAAUACAAUGGGAAAUCCCAUUUCGAUGUUGAAGUGUUCGACAAAAGUGCUUGCCUGAAGAAGUAUGAUUCAUAUGAUUUGAGAGGAGAUCCAAUUGAAAUUCGUCGUUCCCAGCCAUCCAACCCAAUGAAGAGAAAGAAAUCAAGCAGUGAAAGCUCGAAUUUUGAAGUUUUAGUGAGUGAAGAUAAUCAAGAAAUCCAACCUGGUAAACGGUUGAAAGCAGAAAAGGAAGUCUUUGACAGAAAGAGCUCUCACUUCAACCCAAACAAUUACCAUUUCAAGGCUGUGAUUAAUCGAUCUAAUGUCAUGAAGCCAUAUAUGUGCAUUCCGAAGAAGUUUACACUGACAAAUGACCUUACGAUCGGACGCACGAUGACCCUUAGAGAUUCAGAACAAAGGUUGUGGACGGUGACGAUUGAUCGCCAGAGGUAUAGUUGCAGCACUUAUUUCAGAAGCGGUUGGACCCAAUUUGCGGUUGCUAAUGGAAUGAAAGUAGGAGAUGUGUGCUUUUUUGACAUCGUUCCUUCUAUGAAAGACGUGAUGGACGUUCGUAUUGGAAGGCGGGCUACUAAAGUGAAGAAUGCCCAAUUUGGGUUCUAGCUGUGAAAUCUGAGCUGUUCGUGUGGUAGGACCUACUCUGUAUUUGUGGUGCUAUUGACGGUUUAUAGAAAUUUUGAAUUAAGUUGAUAUUUAUCUUUUCACUUUAUCUAACUCCACGUGCCUUAUGCAUGGAAAAUUAACAUAAAUAGGGUAUAGGGAAGUUUUCAACUAUA